UUUAAAUGCCAUGCAGUGUCCCACUGUCAAAACAUAGGCCGUGCGAGGGUACAACAGUAUGGUGGACCUCUUUGAGACCAACGCUUAUUUCUUCAACGAUCUGCGCUAUCUCGAGGGAGAUCAUGGACCACUGCAGCACUUGGACAUGGCGGGGGUGUCCCCUUUGUACCACGGGAAUGACAGCCCGUUGUCACCUGGGGGGGAUCCGUCCGAGACUGGAUGUGACAGCAGCGGAGAGGAGCAUGUCCUCGCACCCCCGGGUCUUCAGCCGCACUGCGAGGGACAGUGCCUCGUCUGGGCGUGUAAAGUUUGUAAAAGAAAGUCUGCACCGACCGACAGGCGCAAAGCGGCCACUCUCAGGGAAAGAAGGCGGCUCAAGAAUAAUGCAGCAUUCGAUGCGUUGAAGAAAAAGACCGUGCCCAAUCCGAACCAGCGUGCCAAAGUGGAGAUUUUACGCAGCGCCAUAAACUACAUCGCAUUGCAGGACCUGUUGCAUACACUGGAUGAGCAAGAAAAAACGCCCCAAAAUGGCUCAUAUAACUAUAACGUGAAAAAACCCAUGUAAGCUUCAUUUGAGUAGUAUUUGCAUCUGCAUUUUUUAAUGUCACUUUAUGCGUACAAUAAUUUGCUUUAUACUUAAAGGAAACAUCUCCAUAAUGAGAAAUAUCUUACUGUGCAUUAUGCUUGUAGGCUUACUACUUUGUAUAAUUACACGUGUGUUAGUAGACACUUAAGCUAAUACAUGUGUGUGUACAUGAGGCGUCCAAUAAGGAGUACCAUUGGAAGAAGAACUGUCAAAACUGGCAGACCUCAGCUGAUCAUUCCAAUGCACCAAUGACGAAUCAGAGGAAGGUUUCACGGAGUCUUCAGCGUCCACCAGCCUUCUUCGCCUGUCAUCAAUCGUUGACAGCAUCUCAAGUGAAGAGAAACCGACUUGCAACGAAGAAGUCUCAGAAAAA